AAAAAAAGGCCCAUUAGAACGCAAAGGCGCAGCUCGUUUCCUCUAAUUCUUCAAAAUUACACGCUCUUCCACAUUUAUCCCCAAAACGACCCCAAUCUUUCUUCUUCAAAACCCCAAAAAUCUCGCCCCUGCCUUCCCUCCCUCGUAAUUUUCCUCAUUAUCGAUCCCGUUCCCCCAACCGCCCCCGCCUACACUUUUUUGAUCUAUCCUCUCCGUUCACUGCUUCGUUUCCUUCCUCGUUAGGAUUCCCACCAACUUUCACUCCUAUUCUGCCCAAUUAGGGUUUCCAGUAUCAUUUUUUUUUUCGAGAAUUUACGUUUGUUUUUAUCUUUGAGGAUUCGAGAUUAGGAUUUUUUAUAUUGAAUGUUGAUUUGAGAUUAGGCUUUCAUUUUUUAUUCGGAGAUUUUUCUGUUCUAUUCUUAUUCUCAUUCUCUGGUUAGGGUAUUUUUGAGUUCUCGUAGUCGGGCGCCAGUGAUGCCGCGUAGUUCAAGGCACAAAUCAAGCAAACACAGUUCUAGGGAUGCUAGGGACUACUCAGAUUCGGAGAAAGAUUCGGACUUAAAGGAAAAGGAAAAUCAGAGUAAGGGGGAGAGCAGUGGUCGGAUUUCGAAGGUCACGGGAUCCGGUGAGAAGAGAAAGCUUGAUUCGAAGGAGACCAGUAAGGAUGUCGGGAGUUCGGGGAAUGGCGACUAUGUCGAGGAGUACAGUUCCUUGAAGCGGCGCAAAGAUAAGGCAGAUGAUGGAGUAAGCUAUAGGUGGAAUGGCGGUGAGGAUGAUGGUAAAGGACAGAAGAAGUCUAAAGCUUCUAAUGAAUCGAAGAGUAAGAGGCAAGAGGAGGUGGAAGGAGAUGAUGCAAAGAGGAGUAAGAGUGAGGGGAGGCAUCGAGAAUCCAGUAGAAAGGAGGAAAGGGACAGAGAGAAGAAAGCUAAAGAAGCCAAGAGUGAUAGGCUGAUUGGGAGUGAAUAUCACCGCACUGUAAAACAAUCCGCUGAAAAAACUGAGUUGGAUGUACCAGACCGGUUGCAAAGUCCUGAAUCUGAGAGCCAGCUUGAGAGGCGACUUAGAAAAAAGAGAGGUGGUUCUGGUGAUGGGGAUAAAUAUCAAGAAGAUAAUGGAGACAUUUUGGAUAGACAGUUGUCUUUAAGGAAUGAUGCUGACAAGGAUGGAAGAGUAAAAGAUGAGAAGCACAAGGAUGAGAGAUACAAAGACAAGUAUCGAGAAGACAUGGACCAUGAAGACAAGUACCGAGAUGCUAAAUUGAGAAGUGAACGACCAGCAAGAGAUCAUGCUAAUAGUAAGUCUAGCGAGAAGCAUGUGAGGGAUGAAAAAGAUGCUGUGGAAGUUCAACAGAAGAAGUCCAAGGCUCAAGAUAGUGACUGUGAGCGUAGUCAUGACCAUGAUAGAGAGCAUGAUCGUGAUAGGGAGCGGCAGUGUGAUCGAGAUCGAGAGUGGGAUCGUGACUUGGAUUUGGGACGUGAUCGAGAACGUGAACGUUAUCGUGACCAUUAUCGAGAACGUGAUCGCAAUCGUGAUCAUGAUUAUGACUGUGACCGUGAUUAUGGUCAUGAUUGGGAUCGAGACCGAGAUCAUGGUCGAGAACUUGAUCACCGUGACAGCGAUUGGGACAAGGAUAGAGACCGAGAUCGUGACCGUGGCCGAGAUAUUGAUCAUGACCGUGAUGGAUUACAUCUUGAUGAUCUGAUUGCUACACACAAAGAUGGCAGGGUAAGGAAGAGAUCCCUUGAUGAUCGAGAUGAUGGUAAUGACACUAAAUCUAGAGUUAAGAAAUCAUACUUGGAAAACAAAUCAUUGAUGAGUGGUAGAGUUGAGUUAGAUGCAGAUAGGGGAAGGUCCCAGUCACGUCAAGCAAAUGUUGAUGCUGUUGUUGGCAGCAGCAAAAGGAGGAGUUCUCCCAGCUCGAGUUCCCAUGGUGGCGCUGAUGAGUAUAGACUUUUGAAACAGGAAGAUUCAAAGUUUAGAGAUUCAAUGAUGGAGCAGAGGUCCAAAGCAGCUUCAUCAAGAGAGGUAACUAGCCUUUCUGGAGCAUCUGAGAGAGGUGCUAAAUACAGAUCUUUGGAGAAAUCUAGUAGAGUGGAGGAGGGCCAUUCUGGGGAGUUGCCAACUGAGAGGUCCUCAAGUUCAAAAGCUUCACCAAUGAGUAUGAUAGAAAGAUCUCCUUCUUCAACAAGUCUUGAGCGUAGAUAUAUGAUUAGAAGUGGUGUUACGCGGAGCCUUGACAGAGAGGAGACUGGAUGGAGGAGCAGUGCCUCCAUUGGUGGCGAGGAUAGGCUAAGUCGAGACUUACCUCUUGAGAAGCCUCUUUUGGAUGAAUCCUCUCGAGCAGAUUCCGCCUUUUAUAGUAGAGCUGGUCAGGGCAACUCAUCUUUGAUUCUGCAGCCACCUGGUUUCAGAGCAGGAAUUGGCAGCCCUUCUUUCAUGGCUUCUCUGGAAGAAGAUAAUAGAAUUAAUAUCACUGGCCGUUACAAGAGGAGCAGUGAUAUGAAUGUUGGAAGAGGGGCAAAUGCCUGGCGGGCUGCCCCAAACUGGCCAUUACCUGUUCCAAAUGGCUUCAUCCCAUUCCAACCUGGGCCACCCCAUGGUGGUUUUCAAGCUAUGAUGCCACAGUUUCCAUCUCCAUCUAUGUUUGCUGUUAGACCCUCCAUGGAAAUUAAUCACUCUGGGAUUCCAUAUCAUAUUCCUGAUGCUGAAAGGUUUCCUUACUAUUUGCGCCCAAUUGGCUGGCAGAAUAUGAUGGAUGGCUCUGGUCCAACCCAUUUGCAUGGUUGGGACGGAAAUAAUGCUGUUUUUAGGGAUGAAGCACACAUGUUCGGUGGUCCUGAAUGGGACCAGAAUGGGCAUCCAAUGAACAGUCGGGGAUGGGAUACGAGUUCAGAUGUGUGGAAAGGGCAAAAUGGUGAUUUUGACUUGCCCUCAACAUCUCAGAAAGAGGAUUAUCCUGUGCAGGCCCCUCUUGAUGAUGUUUGUGAUGGACAGGAACAUCAGACACCACAAUAUGAAAAUAGCCAUAGUGAUGUUCAGGUGAAAAGCUUGGAAAUAAGAUCUAAUGUCAUAUCACCAGUGAAAGAAUCUUCUAGAUUUUCACCUGAGAUUCCGCACAAGUCACCUAAUUCUUCCAAAAUGUCAAGUAAUGAUGAUGCUGCUCAUUAUUGCCAGGUUUAUCUUUCUAAACUUGACAUCUCAACAGAACUUGCUUGUUCUGAGUUGUAUGAUCAGUGUAUGAGCUUACUGAAUGUGGAGCAAAGUAAAGAUUUGGUUAAAGAUGUAACAAUGCUUGUGAAUUUGAAGAAUGGUGGACGAGCUGUACAAAAAUCUUCCAUUGCUGUGCUUAGCCCUUCACUUAUUCCAGCAACUAAUGCUUCUGUUUUUCAGAAAGCCAUGGACCUCUACAAGAAGCAGAGGCUACAAAUGGAUACUAUGCCAAAUGUCAAUGGUGGAACGUUAGCAGUUAUUUCAGCAUCCAAUCAGGAGAAAGGGAAGGAACAAAGUUCUGAUCUUGUUGUAGAAGAAACAGAGGAGCCAGUUUUGACUUCUGAUGCAGAAAUGCUGGAUUCAGCAAUGCCAAAUUCAGAUCAGCAGAAAGGAGAAGCUGUUCCAACUGCUUAUUCUCAGGAGAAUAUGGAGCAACUAGUUUCAGUUCAAAGCGGAGAGUUGCCAGAUCAUGUGGAUAGCCUUCCUCCAGAGAUAUCUCAACUGUCCAAUAUUGAUAUUGGUCAGAGGACCCCAGAGGUGUCUGAACCAGUUUUGAAUGGCAAUGAUGCGGAAGAGAUUAAAUCUGAACAGGUGAUUUUGGGGGAUGUAGUUGGAGAUUCUUUCCGGUCACUGGAUAAUGCAUCAGAGGCUGUUGUUUUACCCACUGAUGAUGAAAAUUCAAAAGAAAUAAACAAAACUGAAGGUGAUAAUUCUGUCUAUAGUUGCAAGGAAAGACAGGAUUUUGGGGAUGCAAUUAGUGGUUCUUUAUUUUUGUCAGAUGGUUCUCCUAAGGUAUCUGGGGCUUUGAUUCCUGGGUCAAAUGAGUCUGAGUCCUUAAUUUUAAGUCGGAUACAUCAUUCUCCUGAAAAUACACAUUGAGGCAAUUUCUAUAUCCUUGUUCUUUAAUGCGCUUUUGUUAAUUUAAUUUUGCCUUUCUUUUUUUUAUUCUGUUUUUUGUUGCCCAUCUUUAUUAAGGAAAUAAAAUGAGAUGUGCCAUUUGGUUUCCUGGAUUCGGCAUCCUAACGUCUUGAUUCGUGAUCAUCAUCUUCCUGCACGACAUUCUGUUUGGAUGCAUCUAACAUAUGAAGUUGCUCUCUGAAUCAUCUCUGCUUUAGUCGUUUUAACAAAUGGCCA